AUGGGGCAGAGAGCUACGGGGGAUAACUCCGGCAAGAUGAUCAUCUCCACAAGAAAAGAAGGCAUUACUUGCGCUGGGAUGGUAGCCCGCUGAAGGGGCAUACAGGUAGUUUCGGACAGCUUUAGUGGUCUCCCAAUGAGCGCCACGUCUUUGCCUCCGCAUCUUUGGGCGGAACAGUCAAGAUCACCGACUCCUGCGCAAAGACAAAUCAGCACCAAUUGUCAGUCAAUGUCUCAUCUUCAGACAUCAAUGUUGCAUCCUGGUGUCGGGCAGUAACCCAUCUCCUUGCCACCGGCUCCGGCGACGGAGUCUGGGCAUCCGGGAUCUCGGAACUUUCCUAAUGCCCUCAAGGGUGAACAUGUAUCUGCUACUGCGAGCUCUACCUUCCACUAGCAACCAAUCACCAAUUCUGGGUUUUGGCCUACUGAGGAUGGUAUUGUUGCUGUCGUGUCUACCGGCUCGACGAUUACACUUUGGGACGUGAGUGUUGAGUUGGGCGAUAAUGAGAGCAAGGAUACUGGUGGCAUGGAGGAUAUUCUACCCCAAUUGUUGUUUGUCCACUAG